ACUCCGGAAUUUCAGACAACCAAAGCAGAGAUUGUACCUUGCCAGUCAUCCUUUCAUACCCACGAAGUUCCCUACACAGUCACAAUGAGCCGUGAUAACGUCGUUAGAAGCGUCGUCUCUGCUUAUGAAAAGCUCAAGACUGAAUGGUCUAAAAAGAACAGAAACCUUGAAGCAUGUGGAAAAUAUCUUUCAGACAUAAAGGUGGAAUUAACAAAGCUCCAGUUCUUACCAUCCAUGGGUCACAGUGUAUCCAAAGAAGAGUUAUUGGUUGCAAGGAACACAUUGGAAAUUGGAGCUCUUUGGAGUAUUGCAACAAAAAAUAUCCCAUCAUUUGAGAGAUACAUUGCCAUGCUUAAGAUAUAUUAUAUGGAUUACAGGGAACAGUUACCUGAAUCCCCCUAUAUGUAUGAGCUGUUAGGACUGGACCUGCUGUGUCUUCUUGCACAAAACAAAGUUGGGGAGUUCCACACAGCUCUAGAGCAUCUGCCACCCCCAGCAGUAACCGACAAUGUUUAUAUAAGGCAUCCUGUUGCUAUGGAGCAGUAUUUAAUGGAAGGAGCAUAUAACAAGAUAUAUCUAGCAAAAGGAGAAGUACCUGCAGAAGGUUACAAAUUCUUUAUUGAAGAGUUAUUAGCUACCAUUAGGGAGGACAUUGCAGACUGUGUAGAGAAUGCUUAUGAUCGCAUCAGACCAGAAGAUAUUGGGAAAAUGCUGUAUCUCUCCAGUACUAAAGAAAUACUUCACUAUUGUGAGCAGAGAGGAUGGCAAGUGGGCAAUGAUGGUUACCUACAUUUCAAGAAAGAAGUGCGUAAGAGUGAUGAUAGUAUUCCAUCACAAGAAUUAGCACAUCAGAUGAUUAACUAUGCACGAGAGAUGGAGCAGAUCGUGUAGAUAUUAGAGAUGCUAUUUCUUUGUUGUGAUUAACAUAUAUUUUCACACAAGUAAAGUAAAAACAUUACUUUACAGCUUGACUAACAAUAUUUGUAUAGUGUCAAAAUUAAGUUCAAACUUUUUAAACUCAUGCAACAUUCUCUGUUGUUUGAAGGAAAAUUGUUUUUAUCAUGGAUUGGCCUUAUGGAACUUUUUUGGUUCAAUGUGUAUUUUUGUUUGAAUUUAUUUGUAUUUUGGUACCAGUAUAAUAUACUGUACUUGCAGAAUUUCACACCAACCAUUUUCUGUUUUAUUUCAAUCUGUUUUUCAAUAGAUAUAUUCCAAUGCCUUACGGUGGUACAUAUUUGUAAUAAAUUAUAUGGAAAUUA